AGUGCAAAGCCCUUGGUGAGUUUCAGUCUGUAGCCUCCCAGCAGCCGCAGCAACUUUGUCCCCUCUCCCACCCCCCUUUGCAAGCCAAAUACCAGGUGCAGUAAAUAAGGGAGAAGAAUUUCUCUCUGCUGCUCAGGGACCAACCAGGGAGGCUGGGCAGGGAGCCCCAGUGCAUUCCUUUCUGUGCUGCCAUGCUAGGGGUUCUCAUGACCCUGCCAGGCAGGAGAUUGUCUGGAGCCUUAGGGCAGCUUCUGAGGGGCUGGGGGAAAGGCAGGCUCCCCAGGGUGCUGGGUGGUUUCAGGAGGGGCACGUGGAGCUGCAGAGACCCAAGUGCUAGCAGCCAGCCCCCAAGCACAGUCCAAUUGGUAUCCAGAGCCUUCCGGAGCUGGGCAGCUGCUCCCCCACUAAGCAUGGCGGCUAAGGUGGAUCUGACCACGUCCACUGACUGGAAAGAGGCAAAAACAUACCUGAAAGGUCUGAAUCAGAAGCAAAGACGGGAGCAUUACUACACCAAGGACUUUAUCACACUGAAGGACAUCGACACCUGGAAAAAAAUGGCUAAAAAUGCCCGACUGAAGCAACCUGAAGAGGCCAAGUUCCCCAAGGACAAUCAAUUGAAUGAGAAGAUCUCUCUUGUUCGCCGGGACAUCACGAAACUGGAGAUGGAUGCAAUCGUCAAUGCAGAUGCUCCAUUCUGUACUCAAUUGAAUCUGAUCCCAGAGUCCCCCCGAGAGAUGACUCCAGUGCCAUUUAUCUCUGACAUCCAGCUAAGAAGCCCGUCAACACAGUCAGCACACCCACCUCAAGCUGCAGGGAGAUAAACUCUAGCCGUAUGU